GUAAACUUAUGUUCUCAUCUGAUUAUGUGUUUCAGACUGAGGAAAAGCAGUAUUGUGCAUAUUUUAUUAAUCUAAACACUGCAUAGUAAUUUUGCGUAUGUAUAGUAAAAUUUGUCUAGUUUGCUCUGCGAUGGCGAUUUUUAAUUAAAGAUGACAAAUUUUCUUGUUUACUAUUGCGCGUGCCAGUCUCGCAUGUUGAAAUAUGUACGGUACAUUUUUGGCAUGUGAAUUUCUUGAACUAAUAUUUAUGCUGAAUGAAUGGAGAAAUCUUCUCAAACGCCAACGGAGCUCAAUGCCAAUGACUUAGCUCUACCUGAAAAUUGGAAAUUUACUGUUGCAAACGAUGGUCGUUUGAUUUAUUUGAAUAAACUUGAUAAAACUUGGUCAUGGUUGCCUCCUAUCCAAGCUUGGAAAAGCAGACAUGGUUUGUCAUAUGGCUGGGAAAUAGCAUUUACUUCUGAUCAACGAAGAUAUUAUGUGAAUCAUUUAAAAAAGAUGACAUACCGAAGUUUGCCUUUGGAACAAGAGUCUAAUGAAACAACUGUGAUCGCUCCAAGAACUAGAAACAUUGUUAUUUUACGGCACUCAGAUAUUGGAUUUGGUUUUGUUGCUGGAAGUGAAAAACCUGUGCUCAUUCGAUCCGUCGCUGAAGAUGGACCUUCAGCAGGGAAACUGCACGCAAAUGAUCAGAUCUUAAAGAUAAACGACGAAGAUGUUUGUGACCUGCCACAGUCUGAAGUCAUUCAACGGAUAAAACAGUCUGCCCAAGAAUUGAAUCUUGUCGUUAUUGCUAGCGACGACGUUCAAGAUGUCCGAAAUAUUGGACAACGUAAAUCCUCCAUAAUGAGUCGCACUACUAGAGAAAAACGUCGAUCUAAUCCUGUGAAUGUUCGUUUUGCCGAUGGACCAGUUCUUGUCGAGUAUAUAGGAAAUCCUAGCAGACAGUCGUUACGACACUCAUCGUUGCCGCUCAUCCCCAAUGCACUGAAGAUUUUCUUGGAAAUCGGUCAGACCAGAUCAUUUCUAUAUAAUUCUUCUACAGUUGUCGAGGAACUGUUAAUAUCGCUGGCUCAAAAAAUUGGUAUAAAAAAGUUGGAUCAUUUUUGUAUUGUUUUACAUUCCACUCAAACAUUAAGAGAGUUCAUUGUUCGAACUAAUGAACGGGUUUCUCAGAUCUAUAUGCGAAGAAACUGUAGUAGUUCUACCUGGUUAUCCAAACUUCUUCUCGUAUUUGCUCCAAAGGAUGUUCAUUCAUUUCUUAAAGAGGACCCGAUUGCGUUUGAGUAUUUUUACCAACAGAUGUGUUCACAAGUUGUUGAAGGUCGUUUUGGUUGGGAGCUAAAAUAUGACACUGCGAUCAAACUAGCAGCGUUGCAUCUUCAACAGUAUGCCAUGGAAGAAAAAAAUGGAAAGAAUGGAAAAAUCUCCGUGAAAAGGAUCGAGCGAGAGUUAGGCAGUCUGAGCAAUUUUUUACCAAGUGCUCUUAUCAAUACGAUGCAAAAGAAGGAUCUUCAAAGGAUACUCACGCAGGAAAUAAAUCAAGCAAGAAAUCUGUGUCCACCUGGACAAAAGUACAUUUCUCCACAACAAGCUAAAUUACAGUAUUUGAAAAUUUGUAGCGAGAUAAAAACCUACGGUGGAAGGCAGUUCAAUGCUGUUGUCAUUUAUUCUGUCGCUGAAGAAAAGAGGUCUUGUCACAAUCAAAUGAUCAAUUGCGUUGUGUUUGUUGGGCCAAAUGUUGGUUUAGCUCAAAUAUCUAAUCUAAAAUCGUUUUUGAUGGACAAACUUGCGGAUUUCCGUGAAAUUGAUGGUCUUGUAAUCACCCCUAAUACAGAUGGCAAACAAAAUGUAAAACUGUUCUUAACCAACGGCAAGUGUUUAACGAUCAUCAUUGGACCAAUUUAUGAAACGUGGGACUUUGUGUAUUUGAUAACUGGUUAUCACAAACAUUUAGUACGUAAUGCUAAACCCCUUUAUGUUAUUGAUAUGUUGUCUACUCGUGAUGGCGAUAUUGAACUACCAAAUUUGUAUGAAGUGCCCUCAUAUUAUGACACACAUCGGGUUCUAACGGAUGACUGUUAUUAUAUAAAAAACGGCCAAGAAAAGGAGGAAGAUUUGAAGAAAAUUACAUUCGUUCAAAAGCCUUGUUUUACGAAUUGUGAGAUGUAUUCGUUCGUUGAUGCAAAAGCAACACAACGGUCAAAUUAUAUUGGAAAUGGAACUGUGGACGAACAUCUAAGUGUUAUGACGAAAGGCCAACUUAAUAUUGGAAAUGGAACUGUGGAUGAACAUCUAAGUGUUACGGCAAAUAGCAACCUUAAUUCAAUAGAAGAAGAACCUCAGAUUCGAACAUCAAAUGAAAAAAUUGAUGAUUUGCCAUCCGUGCAACAUGAAAUAAUUGAAGACUGCGAUCUUGAGAAGAAAUCAUAUGUACAAUCAAGUGAUGAUUUAUUAACUGUGUCCACUGAGGAAUUUUAUAAUGAUGCGUUGAUAACGUCUGAUGGGAAAGAAAUAAGAAAUAGUUAUGAUCAUGCAAACGGUGCAUUUCAAAAUCAUGCUUCAAUUCAUAUACAAAUUUCUAACAAAUCUGACAUUGUUUCUGGGAAAGACAAUCAAUUUGAUGUUUCCCAGUCUCCCGAGAAAAGAGUUUUUACUUCAAAAACUAACUUGUCCUCAUCAUGGACUUCUCCAGUCACAUCUUCAAGUUUCAUCUUUCUUCGUCAACCAUUUUAUGAAAAAGUUGAUUCAGCAAAUCUGAAAAGUACAUCUCAAGUUCUUGUUCAAAUAACAUUCUCUAGUCCGAAUGAAAGAAAUGAGGAAUGUGUUGAUUUGACUAAUUCUAGUUGCAGCAACGGAAUUAGGACUGAGGAUAGCGUCAUUAAUGAAGAAAGAACUGAAUGUGUCCAUUCACUUCCAGAGACUAAAACAAAUGGUAUUUUAACGAUAUCGAGUUUCACCGAAAAUAGGCCCGUGUUUACCAAUUAUAUUCCUUGUAACGGUGUCGAAGAAAAGAGUUCUGUAAUAGAUCAUGAACAUACAGUAGACGAAGAAGAAGCAGGUGAUGGUGAGUAUGAUUUUGUGAUAUCUCGCAAGGAAGCUAUCGACCGUACGGUGAAAACGUGUUAUUUGCUAAAAAGGAGGUUGAGCACCGCUUUACUCUUAAAAAACGCUACUGAAGCGACUAACGAAGUGACGCCUUCUCAACGACAAUCAAUGAUUGCCGAAGUCGAUCUUUUGGUGGAAUAUAGCAAGCAAAUUAAACUACAGUCGUCCAUAUGUGAUGAAAAUACCGUCGUAAAGUCUAUUCUAAGAACAGGGACAGCACUGAAGCAGUUGACUGAUUAUUGUACUUUUGCCUAUAAUGGCCAACAUGGCUUAAGAAAUUUCUGUACAGAAUUAGAAAAAUUAAUUGAAAAACAUAUUGACGUCUUGAUCUCCACAGAUAUUACAAUGGAAAUGCACAUAAACAAGUGCGACUUAAUUUUCAAUUCACUUGAAUUACUGCGUUUUAUUAUUAAGAAUAUGUGACAAAUAAUAUAUGAUUAAAUUACAUCUGUACAUAUGUGCUAUAACGACUAAACAAAUGACAAAGUUUAUGUACAACAAAUGGGAAAUGAUUUGGGAAAUUAUUAUUAUAUUUCAAAAAUAUCUUUUAGGAAACUUUCUUGUAAGGUUACCUCUACCGUGAGAAUAAAAUAAAGUUUUUACUGUGACAUAAAAUAAAA